UCAAACACAGGAGUCCGUCCGUCCCCGUAUCCUGUCCGUCUAAAGAUGGCGGAGUAUGCUAACCUGGUUCGAAGGGCUUUGGGCCAAAUAGGAGGUCACGGAGGAGUCCGAGGAUUUCUCCUUCAGCUGUUCAGAGUAAAUGAUGUGAAAACAGGCACUUUGAUCGGUGUGGACAAAUAUGGAAACAAAUACUAUGAAGACAGAAAGCAUUACUUCUUUGGUCGUCACCGUUGGGUCAUCUAUACGACGGAGAUGAACGGGAAGAGGACAUUAUGGGAGGUGGAUGGCAGCAUGGUUCCUGCUGAAUGGCACCGCUGGCUGCACUGCAUGACCGAUGACCCCCCCACCACUCACCCUCCAGAGCCCAAGAAAUUCCUGGCUGAGAUCCACCAGUUCAACGUGAGUGGCACCCCACAGCAGUACGUGCCGUACCCCACCACUCGCAAGAAGAUCCACGAGUGGGUCCCCCCAAAAGCUGGAGCCCAGUGACUCCAGAUGGCCGCCACCUUUCCCAUUCUGUAAAAUAUGGUUUUCCUACCUGUAUCUAAAAUAAAUUCUCUAGACAAGA